AUGCAGGUGCUGUUUUUCACCAUCCGCACGCCAUAUUUGCCCUGGGUUCUCUCUAUCCCUUCUGAUGGGAGGACCAGCUUCUUGGACUCGUGGUGGGUCAUACCUACUUCUUCUUCGAGGACGUUUUCUUUUUCGAGGCAAUCAAGUUGCCUUACGAUCCGAGGCCGGGCGUUGCUGCCGUGUGCCAUGGGUAGCAGCCAGAACCAGGCUGGUGACCUGCUUCUUUUACCUGGGCACCUUCAGCUUGCCCUACUGCUGGAACCUGGGCCUUGGUAUGAUUGUGGUGCUGGCCUACUUGUUUGGGAACCAGU